GCGCUGUAAACUUUGGGGGCGGGGACGUUUUCUUGGAGGUCACAAGUAGCCUCAAAUCUACAGCCUCCGGCGACCGGGGGUCGAAGUCCUCUGCUAGGAUACUCUGUGGGUCUGGACCCUGCCACAUGACCAACACCAGAGACCCCAAAAGAGCCAUGGAGUCCACGCUGGCGACAUCCAGUGCUGCCACAGGCCCUGUCACCUUCUCCCACGUCUUUGGCCAGCAGUGCCAGCUCAUGGAAGCAGCGGUGCAAUCCUUGCACACCCUAAACGACCAGAUUUCCCACUUCAUUGUCACCAAGUCGAAGGCCCUGGAGGAAGACAAGGACCCCUUUCUACCCGCUGAGAAGGAGACUCUGAAGAGCUCCAUGAUAUUGAUGAGGCACCUCCUAAUGGAUGCUCAGGCCAAAAUCCUGAGCAUGAUGGAAGACAAUAAGCAGCUCGCGCUCCGCAUCGAUGGGGCGGUCCAGUCGGCCAGCCAGGAGGUGACCAACCUGCGAGCGGAACUCACGGCCACCAACCGGAGACUGGCGGAACUGAGCGGCGGCGGCGGCCCCGGCCCGGGCCCGGCAGCCGCGACCAGCGCCUCGGCGGCGGCGGCGGACUCGGCGGCGGCGAACAUGGAGAACCACCAGCUCGGCGCGCAAGGGCUCCUGCGGGAAGAAGUGUCCCGGCUCCAGGAGGAAGUCCACCUUCUCCGGCAGAUGAAGGAGAUGCUGGCCAAGGACCUGGAGGAGUCGCAGGGUGGCAAGUCCCCCGAGGUCCUCUCGGCCACCGAGCUCCGGGUCCAGCUGGCCCAGAAGGAACAGGAACUGGCCAGAGCCAAAGAGGCCCUGCAGGCCAUGAAAGGCGAUCGCAAGCGCCUGAAGGGCGAGAAGACGGACCUGCUGAGCCAGAUGCAGCAGCUGUACGCCACGCUCGAGAGCCGCGAGGAGCAGCUGCGCGACUUCAUCCGCAACUACGAGCAGCACCGCAAGGAGAGCGAGGACGCGGUCAAGGCCCUGGCCAAGGAGAAGGACCUGCUGGAGCGAGAGAAGUGGGAGCUGCGGCGCCAGGCCAAGGAGGCCACGGACCACGCCGCGGCCCUGCGCUCCCAGCUGGACCUCAAGGACAACCGGAUGAAGGAGCUGGAGGCCGAGCUGGCCAUGGCCAAGCAGUCCUUAGCCACGCUGACCAAGGACGUCCCCAAGCGGCAUUCACUCGCCAUGCCCGGCGAGACGGUGCUCAACGGCAACCAGGAGUGGGUGGUGCAGGCGGACCUCCCGCUGACCGCGGCCAUCCGCCAGAGCCAGCAGACUCUCUACCACUCACACCCGCCCCACCCUGCGGACCGGCAAGCGGUCAGGGUGAGCCCCUGCCACUCGCGGCAGCCUUCUGUCAUCUCGGACGCGUCUGCUGCGGAAGGUGACCGGUCGUCCACGCCCAGCGACAUCAACUCCCCGCGACACCGGACGCACUCCCUCUGCAACGGCGACAGUCCCGGCCCAGUUCAGAAGAACCUGCACAACCCUAUUGUACAGUCACUAGAGGAUCUUGAAGACCAAAAACGGAAAAAGAAGAAAGAGAAGAUGGGAUUCGGCUCCAUCUCGCGCGUCUUCGCCCGGGGGAAGCAGCGGAAGUCCCUCGACCCCGGCCUCUUUGAUGACUCCGACAGCCAGUGCAGCCCCACUCGGCAGAGCCUCAGCCUGUCGGAGGGCGAGGAGCAGGUGGACCGGCUGCAGCAGGUGGAGCUGGUCAGGAGCACGCCCAUGUCCCACUGGAAGGCGGGCGCCGUCCAGGCCUGGCUGGAGGUGGUCAUGGCCAUGCCCAUGUACGUCAAGGCCUGCGCAGAGAACGUCAAGAGCGGGAAGGUGCUGCUGAGCCUGAGUGACGAGGACCUGGAGCUGGGCCUGGGCGUGUGCAGCUCCCUGCACCGGCGCAAGCUCCGCCUGGCCAUCGAGGACUACCGCGACGCGGAGGCGGGCAGGAGCCUGUCGAAAGCCGCCGACCUGGACCAUCACUGGGUGGCCAAGGCCUGGCUGAAGGACAUCGGCCUGUCCCAGUACUCCCAGGCCUUCCAGAACCACCUGGUGGACGGGCGGAUGCUGCACUCCCUCGUGAAGCGGGACCUGGAGAAGCACCUGAGCGUGUCCAAGAAGUUCCACCAGGUCAGCAUCCUGCUGGGCAUCGAGCUGCUCUACCAAGUGAACUUCAGCAGGGAGGCUCUGCAGGAGCGCCGGGCCCGCUGCGAGACGCAGAACACGGACCCCGUGGUGUGGACCAACCAGCGCGUGCUACAGUGGGUGCGGGACAUCGACCUGAAGGAGUACGCGGACAACCUGACCAACAGCGGCGUGCACGGCGCGGUGUUGGUCCUGGAGCCCACGUUCAAUGCCGAGGCCAUGGCCACGGCCCUGGGCAUCCCCAGCGGGAAGCACAUCCUCCGGAGACACCUGGCCGAGGAGAUGAGCGCCGUCUUCCACCCGGCCAACUCCACAGGCAUCCGCGAGGCGGAGCGCUUUGGAACGCCACCGGGCAGGGCCUCCAGCGUCACCCGGGCGGGGAAAGAGGACAACAUCGGGGGCAGCGGCAGGCACAGGACUGGCCGGCUGCCCCUCGGGAAGAUAGGAAGGGGCUUUAGCAGCAAAGACCCGGAUUUCCACGACGACUACGGCUCUCUUCAGAACGAGGAGUGCGGGGACGAUGACGCGCAGGCCGGGCCGGAGCAGUACCGUCUGGACGGCUACAGCAGCCCAGAGGUCACCAAUGUGUAGGGAGCCUGCGUGGACAGAGGCCACCCCGGCCCCAGGUGCUGACCUGUACAGAGCCACCUGGGGCCGAGGAGCGCCUCUGCUCCGGGCGGAGCCCCACAGACUGUGGCCACGGACAAGGGCGCGGGGCCCAGGAGACCCGUGGCCCUCGGCCAGGCGAGGCGGAGCCCGGGCUGACCACACACCCACGUGCCAGCAGAGAGCAGGGCCAGGCAGGGCCACCAGGGGCACCAGGGAGGGACCGAGAACCUGGGCUCUGACCUGGGUCACGACUCCCAACAGUCGGGGUGGCGCACUGGGUCCACUCGCGGGCUCCGUGUCGAGUGGACAUGCAAAACGCUGGUCCCCUGGGCCACCGCGGACACCCUGCCUCGUGACCACAGGAGCAGGACUGAGUUCAGUGACAACGGCACAGCAUGGUGAUGAGUUUAGGAUCUGGUGCGGGAAACGUUGUCACUGCAGCUAUGAUGUCCCUGUCACCUGAAACAGUGUGCUCACCGAUGCCCUGAAGGAGCCACAGACCCCACAGAGUGAAAUCAGUGGGCGCUGGGAGGGGCACCCUCCAGCCCUUCUCCUGACCCACGUGGUUUUGCUGUGUGGUUUUUCCCCAGUGGCCUCCCUCUCUGUGCCUCAGCGUCUUCAUCUAUAAUACUUCUGAGGAUUAACCAUUGCUAAUGUCCGUAACACACUUUGAACCCUCGCGGGAGACAGCCGGAAGUGACGGGGUGGGCCGGGGUCUAAUUCCCCAGCCACAGCACGAGGAGCCUGACCCCGGACUGCUUCUCUCCUGCUUUGCUCCAGUUGGAACACUGGCCCGAUGCUCCCCCUCCUGGGAGGUCUUUGCACCAGGAGCCAAUGGAAAGUUCAUGUUCCAAGGUUUGCAGCAGGCGCGGGCCUCUGAGGACCAACAAGCGCCUGUUCUUCCACCCGACAAAUCACUUCCCCUCGUGGAAAAGCACACAGAGCCAAGAUGGACCCGAGAUGCACUCCUCCCCGAGGCUGCCAGGGCUCCAGCCAUCUCCAUGACCUUCUCGACGAGCACAGCCAUCUGAAUCCUGGGCCUUCUGGGACACAUUUCUGAUCGCAGGACCCAAGGGAGAGAUGAAUCUCUGGUGUGUGGCUUGGCUUUUUGAGGUUCCAAACCCCAGGGUCUGUAGGACACUCCAAGUCGGGAGCCCAGAGAGGAGGGGGACCUCCCUGUAACCUGGCGGCCACCCAGCUGGGCGCACUGAGACCCCAGUCGCCCCCGGGAGGCAGCCAGGCAGGGGGCGGGGAGGGGCCCGAGCGCGGAUCUGAGGACGUGAGGCCACAUUCCCCCCGGCCAUGGGCAAGGACACCCUCACGCGUCCCAGGCUCCAUCCCCUCGGGGACAGUCGGGGAGGCUCUGGCUGAGACAGCAUGGCCAGCAGCCUGGGGCGACCCCGAAUGCCCCUGGGGGUCCCCAUGAUGCCACCACCUGGGGCUCCUCGUCCCUGGAGACCCCUAAACACCAGCCCCGCUCCACGUGGGCAGUGGGGAGUCCCAGCGGGGACAAGCUGGCCAGGCCACCACACAGGAUGAGGACCUGCCACCUCCCCUCCAGACAGCCCAGUGUGGUGACAGUCCCCUAAGGGUGGCCUCGGGACCCAGGAACCCCCGUGACGUGCUUCUCAGAGCUUCGCCGUCUGUGCCGCCCAGGAACUUGGGCACGGGGCUCGGGGACAGGGCGCAGGCCCCCACAUGCCUCCUGGGACCGGGGGUCCAGCGCCAGUGGGCUCCGCCGGGCAGACUCUCUGGCUUCCUAAGGCCCCGUCCCCUCUGGGGGACAAGCCUCUCCUUGGCACCCUCCACCCCAUCCUCAGCCCCUGGGUCCAGGUGGUGGUGGCAGGUGGCAGGCACCCCAGGCCAGAGAGGGGACGGGGCAGGACGGAGGCGGGACAGGACACUGCGCAGGCCUGACUUCCACGCGGGGACCCCUCGCCCGGGGACAAGCGCCCCCGCUCAGCCCUGAGGCCCGUCCCGUGAGUCCCUCAUGCUCCGUGGCCACCGCCUCCGCCCGCGUCCGAGGCUCUUCUCCGUUGCGCAGUGAGGACGAGAACCCCGCGGCCUGGUGACCCCUGGAUGGCGGGUGCCACCAGCAUGUGGCCACAAGGAGACUGUCCUGAGCCCCAGCCCCGAGGGGAGUCUGUGGCCACCAAGGAGGUGACUGUGACAGGGACCGGUUCCUGGCCAUGGCCACUGUCCUCCCUGGAGUGGACUCUAACACCAAUAAUAAACACCAGCGCCUGGCGCUCA